UCAUUUUCAAAGGUUGACGUGAUCUGUCAUUGGAAUUUGCAAACUAAAAUACUUACUUUUUACUAAAUCAAUUAUAUUAUUCUGUAUUUGUGGUGAUUUCUUAGGCUCUUCAUUUUGCUAUUGGCAAAUUAAAACUAUCUAUUCCAAAUACAAAUUUUUUUUAGGUUAAAAAAUUAACAUUCUUUUGUUAUCACCCUUUGAAGAAAAACAUUUUUCUACAUGGUCUAGAGGUUUUUUCCUAUACUUGGGACGAAAAAAUUUAAUAUGCCACCUAAAAAGCAACCCGACAAAGGUGGUAAAGGCGGCGGUGCAGCUAAAAGUGGUGGUAAACCGGGCGGUGAUGCAAAAGAAUCAGCCGGCAAAGAAAAAAAAGGUGGUACAGCUGUCAAAGUACGUCACAUAUUAUGCGAAAAACAAUCAAAAUGUUUGGAAGCAUUGGAAAAAUUGAAAGCCGGUCAGAAGUUCCCUGAUGUAGCCGCUGCUUACAGCGAGGACAAAGCGCGUCAGGGCGGUGACCUCGGCUGGAUGACGCGCGGCUCCAUGGUGGGACCUUUUCAGGAUGCUGCAUUUGCAUUACCAAUAUCUUCUGUGACGAAUCCUGUCUACACAGAUCCACCUAUUAAAACGAAGUUUGGCUAUCACAUUAUUAUGGUAGAAGGCAAAAAAUGAGUGACACAGUGUUUGAGUUUGAAUAUUUCUGGGCGAUCCUUUUGUUAUUUAUAAUGGAGAGAAUUUGUUGUCUCCAAGAACAAUUUGAUAAGGAUUUUUCAUUGCUACCUGAUCCACAACGAUCCCUUGACUCACUUGUUUCUAAUAUUGAAGAUUUUGCAAAUAGAGAGUAAGCUUUUGUAAUAUUUUUAUAAAUGUAUGAUAUUUUAAUUAUAUGUAUAUUGACUGAAAAGUCUUGGGCUUGAUCCCUAUUCGAGACUGAUAAAGCAUUUGUUCAUAGUGCAGAUGAAUAAUAUGGAUUAUAUAACAUCAAACAAUUAUUUAUAGAUACCUUACUAUACCAUAUAGACUUUUUAUAACAAUAUUAAUUUUUUGUUGUUUUCAGUUCUGGAUUAAAACUUAGUUUUCUAAGGCUUUAUCGGUUAAUGCAUAUAACAAUGUUGCUCACUUUGGUAUAUUUUUGCAAUGUGUGCCUUUGGUUCAUCAUGAUCAAGAAAGUUCCAACUCGAACCCUCAAGUAUAGAUUUAAAUUAUCGUUUCCAUCAUAAUGCUUUUCAGGAUAUAAUGGAAAUAGUCUGAAAUAAAUCUGUUUGUUACA